AUGGGCAGCAACGCAACCGAAGUUGAGCAGAUGCUCCUGGAGCUCUUGAGUGCUCUGAACUCAAAGUUGAAUGGCAGCGAUUCGUCUGAGGAAGACAAUUCACUGGCAACAACAGCCAACCGCCUUGCGCUUGCAGCGACAGUCAUAGCUGUGGCCGCUUUCUUCACCUCAGCGCUCCAGGCUCUUCUUGAAUAUGCGGGUGCGGGUGAGUCUGCGAGACAGAAAUGCAACUUCCCGGCCAUCGGCUUGUCGUCAAACCUUGUCCUCCAGAAAUGGAGUUUCCUUCGUUGGAGACGCAAGUUCUACUAUCCUCAACUAAAUCUGAGCAUAGCCCCAAUACUAAGAAACUUGAACGUCGACAAGAAGGAGGGACAAUUGACGUGGCUGUUUCGGGGCCUGCUUCAAGAACACCCUGACUACUAUUGGGGGAUACGCCCUAUUUGGCAGGGGCAACACAGCAUCGUAACAGAUGGGUCCCGGGGUCUUGCCUGUGCCAUUGAAGGUUCGCAACGACAAGCUAACUGGGUAUCCCCUGAAGAGCUUCCAUGGAAGUACUGGCUCAUCUGGAGAGUAACCACAAUCAUAUACAAACCCUUUGAAAGCAAUCAACCCAGAGCAAGCUGGGCUCAGUUUCUCGCAGCUUUUGAUAUAUCAACGUAUGAGCCACUGGUAGAGGGCAAGGUUGACGCCGAAUGCAUUCCUCUAGCCCUUGACGUGCCGACCCAACAGGCCCACUUCUUCCAUCUGGGUGUUCUCGCUUUCACAAUGGGGCUCUCAGAUGUGAGAAUCAGUGCAGAACGCAGGGAAUUCAAGGCCGUUGGGGAUUUCGGAUCCAUUACCACGGAGGAUGUCAGUGGCUUUGGCCGAGUUGUGAGGUUCCAGAACAACAGCUCGAGACAGCGGUGCACAGCAGCAAUUAUGCCAGGCGCAUGGCAGUUACGCAUGAGUCAGCAAGUAACCGGGGCAUGGUAUUUUGGCUGGCAUGUGAAGAGAGAGGGUGAAAGCCUUUCAAUGAUUAUGGAUUGCCUCGAACGUGGAAACGAGCCAGAGGCAGAAGAUCUCGAAUAUGCGAACACUAUCAGUCUGACCGAGGAAGCACGGAUCACCGAUGAUCUUGGCACCAUACCUCCGCCUGGCUCUGAGUCGGCUGCCUCUUGGCUUGUAGCCUGGCGGGAGCUUGUGAGCGAUUAUGAAAUCCGAUGGCCAUCUAUAGUGUGCGCAUCAAGCAUAGCUUGCUUGCCUGCACUAGUGACGGGGUUUCCGCAUCAGAUAAUGCUCAAGCCGUUCACGUCAGUCUUUCGUUUGAUAGCUGAAGGAGUUCGAGUCAGUGAAGGUGACACAUUCCACAUCAUAUGGAACCAUCCCUUGGAUACACUGAGGAGUGUAUUAUUCCAAGGCAUGUUUAAAUCGACCCGUCGGGAGCCUCCAGGCACCGUGGAAGGUUUAUCAGGAUGGGCAUUUUGCAACGAAUAUACUUGCACCGAGGUCUGGGGACUUCUGACACCAUUAGAUCAAAACCUUGACGGCACUGGUUGCCAGAAGGUCUCUGAUCGUGGGAUUAUUUUCCCUGUUAUGCGGGAGCUGCUUCAUGACUUUGACGUGCCAGCUUGGCAAGAAAAGUUUAAGAGGCGUCAUGCUGGCACCCGUGGACAGUAUCCCAAGCCCGAGCAUCUCACGUGGCUGCAGGUCUACCUGAUCGAUGCUGAGCUUCAGCAGAUACUCAGAGAGUUGCGUCAGGCAACUCAACACGCAGGGCCGUUGCUUGUCCCUGGACCCGGAGCGUUUGACUGGGCUGGCGAACAUCGUCUAGACAUAGCUGAUGCCUUUAGCGUGAGAAUACUCAAAGCUAUAUGGGCGGCAUGGUCAUCCCGCCCAAGGGAAUAUGAAACACGUCCGCUGGAGUCACUUGAGGAUGCACUCGAAACGGAGUUCCGCAAUAAUAAGGUGGACCUGCCAGAUCUCAAAUCCCAACUGCGCCGGCUUGCAGAUCUUUUGAGACUACGGGCGUUGUUCUUCGCGGCCUAUAUGAUGGUAAUACCCGAUUCCACGGAUUUCUGGAGGUUUUACGAGACAAAGACUCUUGUUGCUUUGCCGAUGAUCUGA